AUGGAGAACAGAAACAAUGUGUCUGAAUUCAUCCUCUUGGGGCUUACUCCGGAUCCAAACAUACAGAAAGCCUGUUUUGGGCUCUUUCUGGUCUUCUACACAGCAAUAGUGUUGGGGAAUCUACUUAUCAUAGUCACCAUCAAAAGCAGCUCCCGUCUGAACUCUCCUAUGUAUUUCUUCCUUAGUUACCUCUCCUUUGUGGACAUCUCCUACUCCUCUGUUACUGCUCCCAAAAUGAUUGCAGAUUUCCUUGUUGAGAAGAAGACAAUCUCCUUUGUUGGUUGCAUAAUACAGCUAUUCUUCAUUCAUUUCUUUGGUGGCACUGAGAUCUUCCUUCUCACAUCAAUGGCGUAUGACCGGUACAUAGCCAUCUGCAAACCCCUCCAUUACACAACUAUUAUGAGCAAGAAUGUAUGUGGUUUAAUGGUGGCAGGCUCAUUCCUAGGUGGGUUUCUUCACUCAAUAGUCCAGACUCUCCUUACUAUACAGCUGCCCUUCUGUGGGCCCAAUGAAAUUGACCACUAUUUCUGUGAUGUUCACCCUUUACUGAAAUUGGCCUGUACCAAUACUUACAUUGUUGGACUCAUGGUCAUUGCCAAUAGUGGCAUGAUAUCUCUGACCAGCUUUCUUGUCUUGGCAGUUUCAUACAUCAGCAUUCUAGUUAUGCUGAGAACUCAUUCUUUCGAAGGACGCCUAAAAGCCCUCUCCACCUGCGCUUCCCACAUCGCUGUUGUGAUCUUAUAUUUUGGACCCUGCAUCUUCAUCUACCUGAGGCCUCCCACCACAUUUUCGCAGGACAAGAGUGUGGCUUUAUUCUAUACUAUUAUCACCCCUAUGCUCAAUCCCUUAAUUUAUACACUGAGAAAUGAAGAGGUGAAAAAUGCCAUGAGAAAAUUAUGGAGCAAAAAAGUAUUUAUGGAGUGA